UACAUUCUUUAUAUUUAAGUGUUUAGGUGUUUAACGGCAGCAUGAUGGCAAGGAGAAAAAGAACGAUGCUAGCAUUGACUGCGUUAGCAGCAGCACCCGAACAAGCAGUAAAUAAACAUGAAAACCGGACGGAUUUGACACCUGCCAAGCUGAAGAAGUGUGAAAAUGCUGAAAGUGCUGAGACGGAGCAAAGGCAUUAUUUAACCAAGUGUGACUUGCAGCACAAACUAGCAGAGGAUUUUUUCAAUCAGUCAUGCAUCAGUUUGGCUAAAGCAUUCCUUGGCAAGGUGUUGGUCCGCAGGUGUGCAGAUGGUACUGAGCUGCGAGGGAGAAUAGUAGAAACUGAAGCCUACCUUGGAGGGGAGGACAAAGCAUCACACUCAGCAGGAGGCAAACGCACGGAGAGGAACACAGCCAUGUUCAUGAAGCCUGGUACAAUCUACGUGUAUCCAAUCUAUGGCAUCUACCUCUGUAUGAACGUGUCUAGUGAAGGGGAGGGUGCUGCCGUGCUGCUGCGUUCCCUUGAGCCCCUGCAGGGUCAGUCCGUCAUGAGGCAGCUGAGGGCAGCCAGACGCAAAGAGGGAGCCCGACAACUUAAGGACAAAGAGCUCUGCAAUGGCCCUUCAAAGCUGUGCCAGGCUCUAAAUAUACCCCGCUGUUUUGACCGCCGAGACCUAGCCUCAGACCCAGAGGUGUGGCUGGAGAAAGACCCCCACACAAAUCCAGCAGGACCCCACAAAAUAGUAUCAGCACCUCGCGUUGGAAUUGAGUCCCAUGGGGAAUGGGCCAAAAAGCCCUGGCGGUUUUAUCUUCAUGGGCACCCCUGUGUUAGUGUAGUGAACAAAGAGGCAGAAAGACAGUCUCUGUCUGGAAAUGUAAUGAACAAUUUAGGUCCCUCAGAUGUGCAGUCGGACACAGGACAGCACAAUGUCAAAAGGACAUAACAGAAAUAUUCCUGAAAGCUACUAUGCCAUCUGUUCUUUUUGUGGACUUCACCAUUUAGGCACUAUAAAAACAUAAAAAGAAAGUCAAGGUGCUAGAAUUUCUAUGACUGGUUGAAUGUCUGAAUGCCAAUCCAAAUAAAUUAUACUAACUGUUUUU